GUCAUUUAGGAACAGAGGUAGAGCGAAAGAAGGAACUCCAGGAUCUGAAACCAAGCACACGGCACAGUAUUUUUCUACCUUUUCUUUUCCCCAGAGCAGAUUCUUGUCCUGUCAUUUUAUUGACAGACCUGCUAUUACAGGCUCUUUUCCCAGAAGUUGACGGAAGAAGCUCAAGGCUGCUGUUUAUUCCCUCCCAAGUCCGGUGGCUCCCCUGGUAAUGGAUUGCUUUUCUCUGAGUUUCCACUCUGGAGAGAGCCCCCAGGCCUAGUCUGUGAACCCAGCUAAGAAACAUCACUAGUAAAAAUGACUGAAGACCCCAUAAAGGAGAUCGUGGGAAGCCCAGCAUCUUCCAAGCCUGUGACAAUGGAGAAGAACCCCAACAGCGAAGUGGUGGUCACCACGGUCCCCUUGGUCAGAGAGAUUCAGUUGACAGCUGCUACAGGCGGUGCUGAGCUCUCCUGUUACCGCUGCAUCAUUCCGUUCGCCGUGGUGGUCCUCAUUGCCGGGAUAGUGGUCACUGCUGUGGCUUACAGCUUCAAUUCCCACGGUUCCAUCAUCUCCAUCUUGGGUCUGGUCCUCCUGUCAUCUGGACUUUUUUUGUUAGCCUCCAGUGCCUUGUGCUGGAAGGUGAGGCAGAGGAGCAAGAAAGCCAAGAGACGGGAAAGUCAGACGGCUCUAGUGGCGAAUCAGAGAAGCCUGAUUGCUUAGGACUGGAUGAGACCAAAUGGGAUAUGUGGCCUGGAAAACGUCCUCUCCCUGUGUCAUCCAAUUCACCCAGAACGAGAGUGGGAGAGAAUGAAUGGUGCAUUGUGGUAGACCAGAGGGAUGGGGGUGAACUGAGUGGGGGAGGGUAGAGGG